GGGCGGAGAGAAGCUGUUUUCUCCACGGUCAUCGCCCCUGCGAGCAUCCAGCCCAGCCCGGCCCCGCCCCGCAGCACCCGGCCGGGAGGGGAGCGGGGACCCCACUGCACCCCCCGGGCCUGGGGGGGGAACCCCAGGAGCUGCCGGAGGAGCAGAGGAAAAAAAUUCAGGCCCAUCUGAAGACUCUGAGGGAAGAGAGGAAAAAAAGCUCCUGGGAUUUAAAGUGACUGCAGAGGGGACAAGUCAGGAGUGUCUGAAACAGAUAGAAAAGGAGGGACAGAAAAUGGUCUGAAUUUCAGUUCUUGGAGGAAUAAGAGUGACCCCUGCUGGAAGAGCUGGACAAGGAGAUUGGGGAUAUUUUUGUUCCGUAUCUUCACAAACUCCGUGUGAGACGGGGAAGUUCCAGCAGCCAGUGGCGAUUUCUCCUGAACUGGAAGUGAGACUCAGUGAUUUCUCCCAGAAAACUAAUGCUCUCAUGGAGACUCUGAGGAAAUUCAAAGCCACUCUGCCGCCUAAACUGGAGACAAAAAGAGGGGAACCCCUAGGAGCACACAGACAGGUGAAUGUGACCCUGGAUCCAGACACGGCUCACCCCGAACUUGUCCUCUCUGCGGAUGGGAAAAGCGUGAGAUGGGGACACACCCGGCAGGUUCUGCCCGACAACCCGGAGCGAUUUGACUCUGAGCGCUGCGUGCUGGGCGGCGAGGGCUUCGCCUCGGGGCGACAUUGCUGGGAGGUGGAGGUGAGGGUGCAGGAGGGGGGACACUGGGCGGUGGGGGUGGCCAGAGAGUCUGUGAGGAGGAAGGGAUGGAUCAACCUUAACCCUGAGGAGGGGAUCUGGGCAGUGGAGCGGGGCUGGUGGGGUCAGUUCCGGGCUCUCACCUCCCCAGCCACCCGCCUGCCCCUGCGCCGGGUCCCCAGCAGGAUCCGGGUUUCUCUGGACUGUGAACGGGGGCAGGUGACAUUUUCUGACGCGGUUAGCGAGGCCCCAAUCUUCACUUUCCCGCCGGGCUCCAUCCCCGGCGAGAGAAUCCGCCCCUGGCUCUGGGUGUGGAGAUCCUGGCUCAGGCUGUGUCCCCCAGGGGACCCCAAAACCGGCCUGCCUAGCCUCCGGUGUCCUAGUCUUUAUGACUGUGGAGGACUGCUGUCGUCCUACCGAUUUUCUCCCUGUGGGCUCUGCGACCCCGCCGGCUCCCUGGAGUCGCUGGACUUUGAAGCCACGGAGAGCAGGGAGUGACGGAGGGAGAGCACACUGUUCUCUGUGGUCCAGGAUGACUCUGACCAUGGGCAUCUCUAUCUAGCUAUCAUCCCAGUCUCUGUGACCCUGGAGGACUCUCAUCUCCCCAGCACCCCUGGCACUUUAUCUCUGACGCCUGAAACCUCCUCCCCCCUUCCUCCCUGCAGCACCAGUAUUUGGAGGGUUGGGGGCAGGGAGUGUUUUGUACAAAUCUGUGUCAUUAUUGCUCACGGGGGUCUCCCAGCCAGCACCUCUCCCGCAGGGGCCGAAGUCACCUUCCCCUGUAACUCCCAGACAGCUGGCCACAUUGUGAAAUUGUCACACACACACACACACACGUGGGAUGGGCAGGGGUGCAGAUAGACCCCAAACCAUUAUAUAAUCUUUUAAAAAAAUCAUCAUUUUCGGUCAGUCUCAUGAUUUUUUUUUUUUAAACUCCUGAGGUUGGCAGGGGCAGGGUGGGUUUAACCAGAGGGACAAGGAGAAGCGAGACGAAAAUGGGAAUUAAAAUAAAACAAGAAUGAAGGGAGAGACUGGGAGAAAUGGUGACAAAUUAGAAAUGAAAAGCGUGAAAGGAAAAUAUGCCUGGGCAGGGGAACCGGCCAGGGAGCAGAAAGAGGGGAAGGGAUCAAAUCAGGGGAAAGAAUGGAGAAGCCAAUGAUCUGCAGCGGGGAGGGGAGAACAGUGAGAGAGACCCGGGAAAAUAAACAGGGAGGGGAAGUGAGGGCUAGAAAAAUGCCGAGAAGAAAAGGGAACAUGAGUGACACAGAUUUAUGAAACGUUCCUGCAAGUGAGACUCUCGCGCCGUAAUUCCCUCUGUUAGUUCCUGCAUGUUUGUGCUACUGUGGUGCCAUGAAGAAAACUGUUCUCAGUAGCUGGGGAAUCUCCUUUCCCAUCCGCCUUUUACUCUCCAGCUGUCCAGUUACUUAUUGUCAAUAAAACAUUACAAA